UAGGGGCGCUCAGGCUUGGGGUGACCGGACCCGCUGGCGAUCAGGAGAUGGACGCGGUGCGGAGAAGCGCGCGGGGCCGUGCAGACAGUCCACCCGACAGGAAGGUCUAUAUGGAUUACAACGCCACCACACCUCUGGAGCCUGCAGUCAUCCAGGCUGUGACAGAGGCCAUGAGGGAAGCCUGGGGCAACCCCAGCAGCUCCUACGUGGCAGGUAGGAAGGCCAAGGACAUUAUAAACACAGCUCGGGCGAGCCUGGCCAAGAUGAUAGGGGGGAAGACUCAGGACAUCGUCUUCACUUCCGGGGGAACUGAGUCAAAUAAUCUAGUAAUCCACUCCAUGGUGAGAUAUUACCAUGAACAGCGGACCCUGAAGGGGCACGUGAUUGACCAGCACAGCCCUGAGGAGGGGGCCAGGCCCCAUUUUAUCACUUGCACCGUGGAACAUGACUCGGUCCGGCUGCCCCUGGAGCACCUAAUGGAAGACCAAGUGGCAGAGGUCACUUCUGUCCCGGUAUCGAAGGUGAACGGGCAGGCAGAGGUUGAGGAUGUCCUGGCGGCUGUCCGACCCACCACAUGCCUCGUGACCAUCAUGCUGGCCAAUAACGAGACCGGCGUCAUCAUGCCUGUCCCCAAGAUCAGUCGACGUAUUAAGGCCCUGAACCAGAGCCGGGCUGCCUCCGGCCUGCCCCAAAUCCUCGUGCACACAGACGCUGCUCAGGCACUGGGAAAGAGGCGGGUGGAUGUAGAGGACCUGGGUGUGGACUUCCUGACCAUCGUGGGUCACAAGUUCUACGGUCCCAGGAUUGGUGCUCUGUAUGUACGAGGGGUCGGUAAACUUACCCCCCUGUACCCCAUGCUGUUUGGAGGUGGACAAGAGCGGAAUUUCAGGCCAGGGACUGAGAACACGCCCAUGAUUGCUGGCCUUGGGAAGGCUGCUGAGCUGGUGACUGAAAACUGUGAGGCAUAUGAGGCUCACAUGAGAGACAUCCGGGACUACCUGGAGGAGAGACUGGAGGCUGAAUUUGGGAAGAGAAUCCAUCUGAACAGCCGGUUUCCAGGGGUGGAGAGACUUCCCAACACCUGCAACUUUUCCAUCCAGGGGUCCAAGCUCCAAGGGUACAUGGUGCUUGCACAGUGCCAGACGUUGCUGGCCAGUGUGGGAGCUUCAUGCCACUCAGAUCAUGAAGACCGGUGAGUACUCUUAGCUACACCCUGCUCUCAAGUGGAGGUUGGUGGCUGAGCCGCAGACUCACACAGGGGAGAAGGGUUCUGCUCCUAGCUGGGAGCAGGUAUGGGUGCCUGUGCAUGGGAGUGGAGCUUGGCUCUGGGACAGCAGCCAGCUAUCAAUACUGGGUCCAGAGCUGGUGGGAUGGUACGUGGGCAUGUGAAGGAAGAAUACAGAGGGUCUCUGUGCCAGCCAGCAGAGAAAGACAAGGACCAGGGAAUCAGCGCUUCACAGAGGAGAGAAAGGAUCUAUGGAGGCCAACGAUGCCUUGAGUCCAGCAUCUGGGGGCCGAGGCUCCGUCAGGAGCAGGGAGACUGGAGCCAGCUGGAGAGCAGGGGCAAGUGGGAGGUGCGGAUGGGAAGGGCACAGGGGCUGCCCCAAUGAAGCACUAGAUGGCAUUGUUCAACACUGACCAUGACCCCAGUAUAGGAAAGCUCCAGGAGCCAGGGCUCAGGGCAGAGCUGAACACAGGUGGUGGGUGCAUGGG